CGAGAGAGUGUUAGGUGCAAAGCGACGCUCCAGUCUUCUGGAUGAUCACAUUCAGGUUAUAUUUCUACGCGGAAGCCUGAUAAACUUCAAGGAGCUUUUGACAUACGAAGAUUUCACCUGAUAAAAAAUCGCCAGGGAUUCGGAAGUUUGUGAAACAGGAAAGUGAACCUGGCAAUGCGGACAGCACUUUGAGGAGCGUGCUUCUGAAAGCGAAGAGUAUUCUUCAACCUUCACUGAGUAGUCAGGACGAAUACAUCUGAUAAAAGUGUUGUACAAAGGUGUGUUUCGAAGGAGUCGUUUUCUACCUCGUUCAACGCCUGCCUGGAUAAGUGCACACGUAGCAGGGAGACAGGUAGGGGGAUACAAAAGGCACAGCUUGGAGGUGUGUGCGUGUGUGUAUGAGAGUGCGGUUAUCGGACUGCCGGGCUUGCCGUCACAUGUUCCCGAGGACUGGCCUCUGCCUAGCCCGUCAUUAUGUCGAGCGGAGCGGAACGGCGCCUGGAGAACCGGCUACGGAAGCUGGAGGCCAUGAUCAAAGACCCGAAGUCGGCGCUAAACUUGGAAAGUUUACUGGACUCUGUGAACGCUCUGGCGUUGGAUCUGAACUACCCUGCGCUGCGCAAGAACAAGAACAUUGAUGCCUUCCUCAACCGCUAUGAGAAGGCGAUGGGUAAGCUGCGGGAGCUCCAGGUGAGGAUGGAUGAUUUUGAACGAGUGAAGCUCAUUGGUCGUGGAGCAUACGGAGAAGUGCAACUGGUCCGACACAAAGUGUCUCAGAAGGUGUAUGCCAUGAAGAAGCUCAGUAAGUUUGAGAUGAUGAAGCGCUCUGAUUCUGCCUUCUUCUGGGAGGAGAGAAACAUCAUGGCUUUCUGCAACAGUCCCUGGAUUGUACAGCUCUGCUGCGCCUUCCAGGACACGCGGCACCUGUACAUGGUGAUGGAGUUCAUGCCGGGCGGCGACCUGGUGACGCUGACCAGCUCGUACGACAUGCCCGAGGCCUGGGCGCGCUUCUACACCGCCGAGGUGGUGCUGGCCCUGGACGCCGUCCACUCCAUGGGCUUCCUGCACCGCGACGUCAAGCCGGACAACAUGCUGCUCGACGCCGCCGGGCACCUCAAACUCGCCGACUUCGGCACCUGCAUGCGGAUGGACUCGAAAGGUAUGGUGCGUUGUGACACCGCUGUGGGAACACCGGACUACAUUUCACCAGAAGUGCUCAUGUCACAAGGAGGGACUGGCCACUACGGACGAGAGUGUGACUGGUGGUCAGUGGGCGUGUUCAUCUAUGAGCUGCUCGUGGGUGACACUCCCUUCUACACGGAGUCUCUGGUGGGCACCUACGGUAAGAUUAUGGACCACAAGAACCACCUGAACUUCCCCGACGAUGUAGAAAUGAGCAAAGAUGCCAAGGACCUCAUCUGUGCCUUCCUCACUGACAGAGACGUGCGUCUCGGUCGGGACGGAGUGGAUGAAAUCAAGAGGCAUCCGUUUUUCAAGAACGACCAGUGGACCUUUGACAACAUCCGAAAAACGGUGGCCCCAGUGGUGCCUGAGCUGAAUAGUGACAUAGACACCAGUAACUUCGACGAUAUUGAGGAUGAGAAGCGUGACGUGGAGACCUUCCCCACGCCCAGAGCCUUUGCGGGCAACCAGCUGCCCUUCGUGGGCUUCACCUACUUCAAAGAGGACCAGUUGCUGAGUGCAGAUAGCACAUUCAGUUCCGAUGAUAUUGAAUCAGAGGGCUCAUGUGAAAAAGACCAGAUCUCAGAAAAGAAGAAAGACUCGGAGGAUCUUCUGAAGAAGCUGAAUAAACUGGAGGAGCAGCUCAACCAUGAGAUGCAGGCAAAAGAUGGUCUGGAGCUGAAAUGCAGACAGGCAAACAGUCGUUUGGAGAAGAUUUCCAAAGAAUUGGAGGAAGAGAUGAAUGCACGGCAGGAGCUGGAGAGUUCUCUCAGACAGCUGGAGAGGGAUAAAGCCCUUCUGCAGCACCAGAGGACCGAGAGCACCAAGAGAGUAGAGAUGGUCACCGACCGCAAGAAAGGCCUCGAGACCGAAGUGACAAGUCUCAAAGAGCAGCUGGAGGAAUUGAGGAAGAAAACCCAAGACUCUCACGCAUCGACCGAGAAAAACAUCCACCUGAAGAAAGAGCUGGAUGAGGUGAGUGGGCGCCUGCAGGAGGAGCAGGAGGCGUGCGGGCGCCUGCGUAAGGCCCAGGCGGAGGCGGCGCGGCAGGCCCAGCAGCUGGAGGUGUCGCUCAGGGAGCUGCAGGGCCGCCUGGGCCUCGUGGAGGGCACGCGCGCCACGCUGGAGGCCGACAAGCUGGCACUGCAGGGGGCGCUGGACACGGAGCGGGCAGAGAGGAGCGGCGCCAGCCAGGCACUCACAGACCUGCAGGGUCGUAUGGGGGGGCUGAAGGAGGAAGUGAAGCAGGUGAAGGCCUCUCUCUCUGCUGCUGAAAAAGAGAAGAGAAAGCUGCACGAGCAGCUCACCGAUAUGGAGAAGGAGCACAGUAACCAGGAGAUUGAGUUGAGCUACAAGCUGAAGGCUCUGAAGCAGAGUCUGGAGCAGGAAGAGAAAGCCCACAAGGCCACGAAAGAGCGCCUGGCCGACAAACACACUCUCGACCAGAGCAUAGAGGUGGCUACAGCACAGGCUGUCAGAGAUAUGGAGCGUAAGCUGCAGGAGGAGCACAACUGUAAGGUGCAGCUGGAGGGUCGCCUGCUGGACCUGCAGAAGCAGAACUCCCUGCUGGACUGCGACUACAAGCAGGCGCAGGGCAAACUGGACGAGCUGCGCUCACACAAGGACAAGCUGACCCAGCAGGUGGAGGUUCUGUCGGUGCAGCUGGAGGAGGCGUCCCAGCGGGGCUCUCAGGCCCAGCGGGAGCUGCAGGAGCAGAGCCAGAGCCUGCAGACGCUGCGCUCCUCCGAGAGGAGGCUCCAGCAGGAGAUCAGCUCCGUCACCGACUUCAAAGUCAGCCUGGAGCAGACCAACCAGGAGCUGCGCAGAGAGCGAGAGGAGGCUGAAGGACAAGCCAAAGAGUUCAAGGACCAGCUGGAGGCGGAGCAAUACUUCACCAAGCUGUAUAAGACGCAGAUCCGGGAGCUGAAGGAGGACAACAUCGAGAAGAGCAAACUCUACAAGGACCUGCAGGAGCAGCUGGACGAGCUGCAGGAGGAGAGGGACUCGCUGGCGGCGCAGCUGGAGGUGAGCCUGACCAAGGCGGACUCGGAGCAGCUGGCGCGCUCCAUCGCCGAGGAGCAGUACUCGGACCUGGAGAAGGAGAAGAUCAUGAAGGAGCUGGAGAUCAAGGACAUGAUGGCCCGACACAAGCAGGAGCUCAACGACAAGGACAACACCAUCGGCUCCCUGGAGGAAUCUAACCGCACCCUGACCGUAGACGUGGGCAAUCUGGCCAGUGAGAAAGAGGAGCUCAACAACCAGCUGAAGGAGAUCCAACAGCAUCUUCAGCGUCACAAAGAGGAGGAGAAACAGAUGAGUGUUGUCAAGUCCUCACUGGAGAAGCAGAUCCAGACAGAGAAAACACUCAAGAUACAGGCGAUCAACAAGCUGGCGGAGAUCCUGAACAGGAGGAAGGAGAGCAGCGGUGGCCACCGCGGUCACGGCUCGGACACGGACGUGCGGCGCAAGGAGAAGGAGAACCGCAAGCUGCAGCUGGAGCUGCGCUCAGAGAGGGAGAAGCUCAACUCCACCAUCAUCAGGUUCCAGAGGGAGAUGAACGACUUGCAGGCGACGGUAGCGGAGGAGUCUAACUGCCGGCUGGAGCUACAGAUGGCUCUGGACAGUAAGGAGAGCGACAUCGAGCGCCUGCGCUGCCAACUCUCCUCCAUCAGCAUCCACUCGCUGGACGCCACCAGCAUCAGCUCCCAAGGCAACGACCUGGACCCCGACGACAGCUACCCAGUGCGUAUCACACAAACACACAUGUCUGAGUCGAUGUCCUUCACGUACCAGCGCAGUACGCGGUCGGUGUCUGUGCACACACGCCCCCGCCUGGACAGCUCGGAGGAGGAGGACGAGGGGUCAGAGGAUGAAGGGGGGGACAGUCGGACACGGCUUGCCCUCCCUUAUAAACCUGAGCCUGCAGCCUCAGAUUCCAGGUUGGAAGGCUGGCUGUCAAUGCCCUCCAAAAACACUAAGAGGUUCGGAUGGGACAAAAAGUAUGUGGUGGUCAGCAGCAAGAAGAUUCUGUUCUACAACAACGAGGUGGACAAGGAGCAGUCCAACCCAUUCAUGGUGCUGGACAUCGAUAAACUCUUCCACGUGAGGCCUGUCACCCAGACAGAUGUGUAUCGUGCUGAUGCCAGAGAAAUCCCCCGUAUCUUCCAGAUCCUGUACGCCAACGAGGGGGAGUUCAAACGCGAGGUGGAACCCACCGGCCACGAGACCCUCAGCUUGACCGCCGCCGACCGCUCCAUGUGCCUGCUGCACAAGGGCCACGAGCUGGUGCCCACGCUCUACCACUUCCCCUCCAGCUGCGAGGCGUGCACGCGGCCCCUCUGGCACGUCUUCAAGCCGCCGCCCGCGCUCGAGUGCCGCCGCUGCCACCUCAAGUGCCACCGCGAGCACCUGGAGCGCAAGGAGGAGGCCCUGGCACCCUGCAGAGUGAACUACGACAUGUCCACGGCUAAAGAGCUCCUCCUGCUGGCCACCUCCCAGUCCGAGCAGCAGCGCUGGGUCAACCGCCUGCUGUCCCGCAUCCCGCGCAAGCGCCAGCCCGCCCCGGCUCUCCCCGCCGCCUCCUCCACCCCCUCCUCCUCUCCCGGGGCCCCUCGCGGCUCCCCGCCGGCCUCCGACUCCUCCUCGGGCUCGCCCUCGCCGGCCCCCAGCUCCCCUCGCCCCUCGCCCCGCCCCUCUCCGCACCUGGACGCCAUCGCGGCCACCAUGGCUGCGGCCGGUGGCGGUGGCGGCGGUGGCGGUGGCGGCGGCGGCGGGUCCAGGGCUCGCUCGAGCUCCGGAGGGUCAUCGUCGCCGCGGCUGUCCCACCGCGGGGCCAUCAAGAUGCAGUCCAAGCACGUGCAGCACCAGGAGGUGACCGUGCAGCAGCAGAGUGGCCAGCAGCAGCAGCAGCAGCAGCAGCAGCAGCAGAGCAAGACCAGGGUGAUUGGGUUUGGCCUAAAGGGAUGGGAGUGGGUCCUAGAUGAUGAUGAUGAUGAGGAUGGUGAUGGUGAUGAUGAUGAUGAUGAUCACAUUUUUUUGAACUUCUGACAAAAAAGUGAGAUACAACAGUGUGUCUUUGUUUGAGUGAGUUCGCAUGAAGAUACGUGCUAAGCCCACCCAGGGUUUUAAUAUCUGCAUCUUUUGCAUUUUAAAAUGACAAAUGUUAAGAUGAGUGCAUCCAGUUUGUUUUCCGAGGAAAGACCUAAUGGCUUCGGCUCUAAUUGUGCCUGCUCAAAACUUUGGCUUGCACAACGCCCCUGUGUAUGUGAAUGUGCGUGUGUGUGUGAGAGAGAGAGCGAGAGAGAGAGAGAGAGAGAGAGAGAGAGCGAGAGAGAGAGAGAGCGCGAGAGAGAGAAAGAGCAAGAGAUAGAUCUUUCCCAGGUGCGUUUGCCUCUGGAAGUAGUGAUUUGCUGCUGGGAAGGGUUGUUUGCUAAUAACUCAAUGUUGAUGCUUCCUUCAAAAACUGAUCAGCCAGUGUGUGAGUCCUGUUGUGGUUUCUAAUACUCCAGUGUAACAGCAGUGGUGUGUCUUAGCAUGUUAGGACAGCAUGUUUGUGAUAUGGUUUACAGCACUGGAUGCCAUAUCAUCUAUGUGGUUUAUGACAAAUCUGGUUUGUAAGUGAUAUAUCAUCUCCUAUAAGAAGAGAACUCGUAGUAAGUGCUAAACCUCCUAUAGGUGGAGCCGUUUGGCUGAAGCCAUAGAGCUCCUAUAAUAGGAAGUGUACCAUAAUGUACCCAGGUUUGUCACUACACCACGUGCAUGAGAUAUGUCCCUGAACUGGAUGUGUAAAUAACGGAUGAUGUUCUCUCUUUCUCUGUCUCUGUCUCUGUCUCUGUCUCUCUCUCUCUCUCUCUCUCUCUC